AUGGCGAACAAAUAUCGAAAGUUUGAGAAUCAGCCAUCCCAUCGAAAGACAUCGAAGCAUCAUACAGAGGUAAAGAAUGGAAAUCCGGGCUGGAGAAAAUCGUUGGGUUUGAAUAACCUGACGUCCGGUAGCCAGUCAAGACUGUCAAGACUGUCAUGGCUUUUUCGAAGAAAAGGUGAAGUAAAGGAAAGAAUUGACUUAGAACUUGAAGUCAAUCAAAGAGUUGUGACCUUUAUCGAGGACCAUGUAUCCCGAGGGACUGUUCGUCAUAUUGGUGAGGAGAAAGACGCUGAUGGAAAUGUUCAAAAGAUUCUUGGCUUGGAAAUGGACGAAAGUUUCAGCAUAGGUGGAUGUGGAAGAAGGAAUGGGAGACAGCUAUUCACUUGUGAAGAUGGUUUUUCCAUGUUUAUUCCUCUGGAAUCUGUUAUGCUAGAGAGAGAGUUUGACGCUGAACCUGAAGAGCCUGAAUCACCGGAAGAGAGUUCUGAGGAAUUCGAUUCGCAGUCCGACGAUGAUUCAUCAGAAACGGGUCCUGAACAGAGAUUAAGAGAGGAACUUACAAGAACAGAAAUUAGAGUAGUUUUGUUAAGCAAUCAGCUCUCAAGAAGGCAUCAGGAUGCGGAAAACUUUCAGAGACAAAUUCAGAAGAUGGAGCAACAGUUAACAGUAAGAGAAGAUCGAAAAGAGAAUUUUAGAACACAACUGGAUAAGGAGCAAAGAUUGCGAGCGGAAUUAAACGAAAGAGAAACGACAGAAAUUCUGCUACGAAAGCAGCUCAGAGAAAAGGAUUGUCAAGAAGCAAGCCUCCAAAGAACACUAUGUGAGCAAGAACGGCAACUGGAAAAGGAACGAAGAUUACGAGAAGAAUUAAUAGAAAAAGAAGCAACAGAAAUUCUGCUACGAAAACAGCUCAGAGAAAUGGAUUGUCAAGAAGCACACUUCCGGAUGCAACUGAGGAUUCAAAAGCAACAACUGGAGGAGAAAGUUAAGGGAGAUGAAACUUUAAGAGAACAAUUUCAGGAAAUGGAACGCAGGUUGAGGGAAGAAAUAACUGAAAAAGAUGCAAGACAAGUAGUUUUGUGUGAAAAGAUCACCGAAAAGGACCAGCAGUUGACGGAGAUGAUACAACAAUUGACAGUGACAGUGGAGCGGGAAGAAGAUCUUAAGACGCAGAUAAAGAGAGAGAAUGAGGAGCAAGUUGAGAAUUUACGAACGAACCUGAAAGAUGUAGAGAAACGAUUAACACAGAAAGAGGCACAAGAAGAAAAUUUACGAUUAAGCCUGGAGCAGAUGGAGCAAAGGAUGAGAGAAGAAUUAACACAAAAGGAAACGAGAGAAACUGAGUUGCGCAAACAGCUUAGCGAAAGGGAGGAGCAGGCUGUUGACUAUCAGAGACAUUUGAGCGGGAUGGAACAGCAAUUGUCAGAAAAAAAUGAUCAAAAGGAAACUUUACUGAAACAACUUAGGGAGAUGGAACAACGAUCGAGAGAGGUUACAGCGGAGAAUGAGAUGAGAGAAAAUGAGUUUCGUGAACAAAUCAGAGAGAGAGAGCAAGAACUGAGGGAGUUGGCACAUCAGUUGACUGAGAAGGAGCAACAAGAGGAGAACUUACGCGCGCAAAUAAGAGUGCACUUAAUGGAACAACGACUGAGAGAAGAAAUGAUAGAAGAAGCUACUAGGCUAGGUGAACAGCUUAGAGAAAGGGAUCAACAAAUAGAAAACUUUCAGAUGCAGUUGCAAGGGCUACAUGAACAACUCAGAGAAAAGGAUCAGCAUUUAGCAAACGUUCGAACGCAGCUGGAGGAGCGAUUUAGAGAAAUGGUAGCAGAAAAUGCAAAUCUAAGACAACAGGUUGUUAACCUCGAGAAUCAAGCCGGAUCACAGUCCAAUGAUUGGGUAAUUUCCCGGGAUGAUAUUCAGUUGACUGAUAAAAGCCUUGGAGUUGGAGGGUGGGGCGAGGUUUUCGAGGGCAGGUACUGUGGUUGUUCUGUUGCCGUGAAGCGAAUCCAUGAGGCAAUUAACUCGCCUUACAACCAGAGUUUGUUCCAGAGGGAAAUUGAUAUUGCUUCGCGAUGCCGACACCCUUGCUUACUGCAGUUUAUUGGAGCGACUAAUGAUGAGGAAAUUCCAUUGUUUGUUACUGAGCUGAUGGAAUCGAAUUUGCGCGAGCUACUGAGACAACGACGUCUUUCCCGUAAGGAAAUCACCGUAAUUUCGCUCGAUGUGGCUCGAGCGUUGAACUACCUCCACCAAAAGAAACCUUUUCCUAUUUUUCACCGCGAUGUUAGUAGCGGCAAUGUGUUGCUAUGGCGACAGGGUGAUCAAUGGCGAGGCAAAGUGUCAGAUUAUGGCUCUGCUAAGUUCGAGGAACAGUUUAUGUCAAUUGGCCCAGGAUGUUUCGCCUACGGUGCACCUGAAGUGCAGAGACCAGCAAAGCACACAGCAAAGAUUGAUGUCUACAGUUUCGGUGUUCUCCUCUGUGAAAUGUGCAUUCAGACAUUCCCAGAUUAUCAAAACCGUGAACGUCAAAUCGCUCAGAUGACAGACCAGGUAUUGCAAGACCUCGUCCGCCAAUGUGUGCAGUAUGAUCCCACUGAAAGACCAGAUAUGACAGAGAUUGUCAGUACACUGGAAGAGUUCAAUAAAACUUUGUGGAUCAGGGAUACCGGUGUAAUCAUUGAAGAAGAUAUGGAUGAAGCAAGCACUCGAGAUAAACAGUUCUUAACUACACUGAAACGAACAGCUUCUACUUGGAGCGAGAGAGCACUACUGUUGAAACAACCAGAAAGGAAG